AUGGCGAGCAAAGGUUGUGUCACCCCACUUAAAGUGCCAGUGAACCAAGCACGUUGUCUACUAAGCAGAAGCCAAUGCAAGAAGACCAUCAUUAGCUACUCAAGAUUGUCAUCUUCAGCCAGUUCAGAGAGCAGCAGCAAAACUCUACUGGGCAAACCUUGUAGUAAAAGAUUCAAAAAGUCCAGUGUUCUUGUAACUUUACAGAAUGAAUUUGGAACAAACCCUGAGAAUGACGAUGUUUUGUCGAGUUUUAAGGACACUGCAAUCCAGCAAUUACAUUCGUUCUAUCAGUUUUCUCGUCCUCAUACUGUGAUUGGCACUCUUAUAGGGAUAACAUCAGUUUCUCUUCUACCAGUAGAAACAAUAUUUGAUUUGUCUCCCACGUUUUUUAUGGGAUUGCUGAAGGCAUUGGUGCCAUCAGUGUUGAUGAACAUUUACGUGGUUGGACUGAAUCAAUUAUUUGAUGUUGAAAUAGACAAGUAUCGGCUGUGGCAGGGGCUGAUUGAUGGGGUUUGGUUGUUACAGCUUAAGGUAAACAAACCUUAUCUCCCACUUGCUUCUGGAAAUUACUCAAUGAGAACCGGUGUCGCAAUUGUUUUGGCCUGUUUAUUGACAAGUUUUGCAAUGGGAAUUAUGUUUCGAUCACCACCACUACUUUCUGCUCUGCUCAUAAGUUGUGUACUUGGGAGUGUGUAUUCUAUUGAACUUCCUUUACUUAGAUGGAAGAAACAAGCAUUUCUUGCUGCAACUUGCAUCAUGAUCGUGAGGGCUAUUGUCGUUCAACUUGCGUUCUUUAUACACAUGCAGAAAUUUGUUCUUGGCAAACCAAUAGCAGUGACCGAAUCAUUGAUGUUUGCAACUGCCUUCAUGUGCUUCUUUUCUGCUGUUAUUGCCCUAUUCAAGGAUAUACCUGACGUUGACGGUGACAGAGAUUUUGGUAUUCAGUCCUUCAGUGUCAGCCUAGGCCAAGAAAGGGUCUUUUGGCUUUGUGUUAACAUGCUGCUGAUAGCAUAUGGAGCUGCUGUGGUUGUAGGAGCUUCCUCUACAUUCCUACCAAGCAAAUUCAUCACGAUAUUAGGCCAUUGUACGCUAGCAUUCGUUCUGUGGCUUCGAGCACGAACGGUUGACCUUGCCAGUAAAGAAUCCAUAACUUCUUUCUACAUGUUCAUCUGGAAGGCAAGUCAAAUCUCUCUCUGCUCAAGCUUAGCUAGCUGCCUUUAUACAGGAUAUUCCAUGCUAACUUCCAUUAAUGCUUUGCUAUUCCUGUUACAGUUAUUCUAUGCUGAGUACUUCCUCAUUCCAUUUGUUCGCUGA